AUGGCAGAAGCAUUCGGUAUAGCUGGCAGCGCGUUCGGCACUGUCUCUUUAGGCGUGCAACUCUUCAAAGAAAUUUCGCAGUAUCUCGAUGACAUUGACGGCCGCGAGGAAGAUCUAAAAGACGCACUCAGUUACGCAACCAACCUCCAACUCUCUCUUAAUGCGCUUAAUGUUGCAAUGUCUAACGCGCCUACUGGCGACCCUGAGACCAAAAACGCAAUCGAUUCAUGCAUAGUAUCAUGUGUCUCCGCUGUAAACAAUUUGUUGGCUGUUGUGAAAGGUCUCAGAGGACCAAUGGUAUCUGCCCCGAGCAGCAAAGCUUCGAAAGAGCUUUGUGCAAAAUUGAAGUACCCUUUCAAAAAGCAGAACAUGGAAAAGCUCGAAGAAAUUCUUUCGCGUACGAACAGUGCUCUGCAAACCAUACUACAAGUAUUUCAGCUCAACAAUAGCCAUGCAACCACAGCUGCUAUCAACGACGUACAUCAAGCCAUGGCCAACGUUAACCUAAUAUCGAACAACAACAAAUCAACUCUUGAUGAAAUCCAAAAGACAUCAGAGCUUCACAAUGACAGACUCAGCACUCUCCAACGGGAUGUGAGAGAACUUUUGAUCCUUACGCGAGACUCACAAGACUCGAAUAUCCUGCUGAGAACGCUGGCCCAGCAUAUGUCGGAUCAUACCUCCCACACUAGUGUCACCGCCAAUUUGCUGCAGAACCCAACAUCUGAUACAUUUCUGCCCAGUGUACAAACGACCAGUUACCAGGGUGGUUAUAACAUGACAUUUGAUGCAUUUUGUUCUUGCAAAACACAGCGAUCGCUGUUUAGUCAAAAUCGCUGGGGACCUUUCCUUCUCGAAGUUGAAAUCAGGUCGAGAGACCGCCAUGCGCCUGAAUGUCCAAUGUCAAAGCUUUCUGCAGCAACACAUCAGACUAAGCGAGUCUUGAACCUCUCGCUUCCCAAAAGUCUGAAGUUGCCAGGGCGGGCUAGUAGAUUCUCUCUUUCUUUCACAACAGGUGCAGGCAUACUUGGCUUAAGUCAAAAACUGGCCUGGGUUGCAACAGUGGAUGAGGAUUCAUCCCCGGUAUUUCGAAUAGUGCGAAUGAUGGAAAAGUAUAAUCGAUUGCCACGCAAGGACAUGCGUAUACUGUUGGCCUCAUGUUUAAGGCGGCUUAUCUGGUGUUAUGUCAACUCCCAUGCGUCUGUAACGGACGUUAAUAAAAACGGUGAUUCGAUUAUCGAGUGGGCAUUAGAGCACUACCAGCUCAGCAGUAGUUUGGCAGCUUUGAACGCUGAUAAUAUGGCAGACUUAUUUCAGAUGCUUUCUGUUGUCACGAAACCUGCAACAUAUCCCCGCAGGGUCACAGUCACACCUAUCCCUGCUUUAUUGGCGAGAAGUAACUGGUUCUCCAAAUGUACAAGACCUAAUCAAGUUGCAACGGCCCUUUUAUCGAAUUACAACGAGUCGGUAGGCCACUGUCACCGAGACUGGGCGCUAUCGUGGUGGAGAGGUAACGGCUUCGUGAGAGGUUCAUACACACUCUUUCAGAGCUUUCCACAAGUAGCCGAAAAUUUAGAGUUUGGUCCACUGAGCCAAGCUAUUCUGAAACAAGAUCGAGACGGAGUCCAACAGUUAUUAAAAACAUAUCCAUCAUAUAUAAACGAGAUUAAUUACUGCGGCCAGUCACCCAUUCAUCUGGCUAUUGAGACGCAAAACAUGGAUAUUAUAGGUGUCAUCCUUCUAUAUGCGAACAUUGAAGCUCUUAAGGUCAAGGACAACAUGGGCCGCAAUCCUAUUGCUCUUGCGACAGCAGCAAUCGGGACACAUACCGAGAAAAUUCAGGAAAGCUGUGGCGGCUUCAAAGUGCUCGAAACCCUCAUUAGGUUGGAAACGGCAAUUUUACCGUCCUCGUUACAGCUCGGUUUCAUGCCAUCAAGGAACCACGGUAAUAACUGUACACAUGGUCAUAAGAUCCUUAUCAAGGGUCUAGCACAAAGGCGAGAAGCACUGAAAGAACUUGCAUACCGAAAGCUUUCUCCAUCUGAGAGGCAACACUUGGAAAUUCAUCAAGCAAGGAUCCUAGACAAAAAUGCUGCGCGAGUACAGUACCAACUAGAAGCCCAGGGUUGCGCGAUACCAACACACCUAAACGUUUAUGAAGCAAAUGCGGAAUCUUCAGUUGCCCAGACAUCUAUCUACACAUAUAUAUGUAGUGGUGAGGUCGCUGAAUUUGCCCGCCAGUUGGGUUUCCACUACUCCAACAACGAAUUGGCGGACUAUAUUUCCACUUUAGCGACUCGUAUGGGCACCGAAGACUGCCAUACAUAUAUCUAUACUCCGUUUUCUUGCUCAUAUUUCUGCUGGAUGAUUGACCAGGGUACCAACGUCUCGACAAGGGUUCAUAACAAGCAACUACCGGCCCUUGAGACAGAACUGACCAUCGCUCACUAUUUCAUGGCUAGCCAUGGAAUGAUGAUCAGAGGCGACCGAGGAUUUACACUCGACUGCUCUAUAUCACUAGAAGCUUUCAAAAUAGUGUUUUCUAAUAUGAUUGUCGACAGAUGCCGCUGCUGGUGUUCUCCAGGGGGGUGCACUCCUCUGAUGAAGCUCUUGAGUGGAAUACAUUGGUUCGAGAAGUCUCCCAGGUUCUUCUCAGAAGGUAAUUUCAUUGAUCGACUUAUCCGGGCAACGGAAAGCCGGAUAACUGGUCUGUUCUCUAUAUAUACAAGCGAGAUUAGCCAGUACCAAUGGAUCUAUAUGGCCAUUGUACGGUACUAUACAUUUGCGUUACUAGAGCUCCCUCACGUUUGUUGCUGUAUUAUUCAGAAUCCUUCAGGCCCCUUGCCAGAAGACGAACGCAGGGAAUUGCAAGAGGAAGAGUCUUUCCUACUUGAACUUUUCGAAAAUCUCAUUGCAGAAUUUGAAGAGAAGUGCCUCCAUGAGAUGAGAUUGGAAGGUUUCUUUGAAUGGAUGCGACUCGUUUGGGUCCCAAGAAUGUGUCAGGCUGAGCAAGAGCUGGCUUCUCUAAGCCUCACUAGCCAGCAACUUCAGGAUGCCAAAGCCAUUGGGGUAGUAUUGGAGUUUGAUGGGCCUCUACCAGUGGAUCCAAGUCCACGAGUUGUUGAAGGGUUAGAAGAUGAUUUAUGGGAUGCUAUGGAUGAGCUAGACCAGAUUGCUACAGAUCCAGAGAGGCCUAUGAAGGAAAGUCUGCAGACGCAUACUUGA